AUGAAUCAAGGAAGAAGAAAUUACCCUUACUCAAAUUCUUAUGACAACAGAUUGAGAAAUCAUCCUAAUCUUUCGUACGGAAAUCCAAAUAAUACCUUGAACGCACCACCAGGUUUCAUACCUCCAGAGAAAAAGCCUCAUGACGAUCUCCUCACUGCUCUUUCCAAAUCACACAUGGAUUUUAUGAACGAAACCAGAGAGAACAAUAAAAUCCAACAAGCUGCGAUAAGGAACUUGGAGAUUCAGUUGGUACAAUUUGCAAACAUGAUGGCAGCCGGACCUCAAGGUACGCUACCUAGUAACACUGAGAAAAAUCCUAAAGAACAAGUACAAGCCAUCACCUUGAGGAGUGGUAAGCAGUUAGAAGGUACAACCAGGAUUGAGAAAGAGAAGGAAGAGCAGAGAAAGGUUCCCACCAUUGAUCUAGAAGAGAAGGAAGAAGUGAAACCUUAUGUUCCAUCUAUCCCCUUUCCACAAAGAUUAAAGAAAUGCAAGACGAUAAGAGUUUCCUCAACUCUUGCUCAGAUGCCCAGUUAUGCAAAAUUCUUGAAAGAAAUUCUGAUCAAGAAAAGGAAAAUCAAUGAUCAAGGAAUGGUGAUGUUCACAGAGGAGUGCAGUGCAAUUAUUCAAAAUAAAUUGCCUCCUAAACCAAAUGAUCCAGGAAGUUUUUCUAUCCCUUGUAAUAUUGGCAAUCUUAAUUUUGAAAAAGCUUUAGCAAAUUUAGGAGCUAGCAUUAAUCUUAUGUCUUAUGAAGUGUUUAAGAUACUAGAAAUGGGGGAGCUAAAGCCAACCAGGAUGUCUCUACAAUUAGCGGAUCGAUCAAUCAAGUAUCUGAAAGGAAUUGUAGAAGACAUGCUUGUCAAGGGAAGGAUCCUUAAUCCUUGGAAGACUCUUUCUUGCAAUGCAAGAGCAUUGAUUGAUGUGCACGAAGGAAAAUUAACUUUGAGGGUAGGACAUGAGGACAUAGUCUUUGAUGUUUUGAAGUCAUGUAAACUCCCUAAGGAUAAUGAUGACUAUUUUAGGAUUGAUGUUGUUGAUGAAUGUGUAAAAGACAAUCUGCAUAAGAAGGAUAAUAAUAACAUUAAUCAAAACAUCAUAGAUGAAGUGAAACCCCAAGGCAAGAAUUGA